GAUGAUAAUACUGGUUUGAACAGCAGCACGACGCCAGAUGAGCUGCUGCACCAGGGAAGUAGUAGUGGCACAACUACCUCUAACUACCGGAGACAUACGACCGCGAACAGCAACUACGCACUUAAUAGUAGUAGUACAGCGAGCAAUUUGAACCUGAUGACAGACGACGAGAUUAUGAAGCUGGGAGACGAGGUCGAGGAUGAAAACGGAAGGGCAGUUUCUGCCAGCAUGAGGACUGUGGCACGGUACAAGCGGCUAAAUUCCAACCCGGGGAUAGAGCAGAACAACACGAGUGCUUCUUCUUGUGCGACGGCUUCUAUUGCGGGGGGUGGGGCCACUAGCACUAGCGGCAGCUCAGGUGUUCAUCUCGGUGGUGGCCCAUCUGCAUCAACAAUUCCCGGUAUGGGACCCCGGAAAAGUACGAUGAGAGGUACUAACAAAGCGACGCAGAUCAAGAAUGCAGCCGCAGGAGCACCAGAAACGAAGUCUGCGUCUCUGGAAAAUGGUAUAAGUAAAUCAUUUUCGUUUACCAUUUUUUCCCGCACCGUUGACGUCACGAUUCGGAUCUGUAGAAAUUGCGGUGGAUGAAAAUGAAAUUUUUGUCGUCCGACAGCUUUGAGAGAGGAAUGUGAAAAAAGAGCUGGCUCCGGUCGUGCUCGAGGACCGAUAGAAAUAGAAUCGCAGGAUAUAAUUCACUGUCUACAUCACCAGAUUUUUGUCCCAGCCCCGGCGCAGCGCCUGUAGAGGAGCUCACGACAGUGGUCGACCACACCCUUGGAGUUGUUCCUCUGAUUGGUAAGACACCUUCCCUCGCCGGGCGGGUUUCGAUCUGCGUCCCGAAUCAGAGCGCAGCGCCAGCGGCCUCACCAGGUCCACCACCGCCUGGGGUCGUCUUGAGUAGUGGCGAAACAAGUUCAUCUUACAACAGCCAAAACAUCAAUUCGCAAGCGCAGAAGCGGUCCUCAGUCCUGACUCGCGCGGGGCAAUCGGAUAUGCUCCGGCGCCCGUCGAUUUUGAAAAAAACCACGGACCCUAUCAGAAGUUUUCGUUCAGGUUCCAUGUUCCAAAGCUUCAGUCGCAACGCCUCGCUGCUGCCGUCGCAUUUAUCAAAGGUAAAAAUGUCUGGGUCUGGAAGAAUUCAUGUUUGUCAUGCUUGUCCGGCAUGACUCUUAAAUCUGUCAUGCACGUUACCCAAGAGCUCCGUUUUUCUGUGAUGCAGAAGCGCAGUAGUUUGUCAUGCAGAGUAGGCAACACCUAGGAUAGGAACUCAGAAACUUGUCAUGUUGAUUCAGCAUUUGUAGCCUCAUCAUGAGACGCCACCCAGCAUCACAAGUUUCCAGACCCAGACAUUUUUCCUUUUGAUAGCAGUUUGGCGGAGACAAGUACAACAAUGAUGGUGGCGGAGGGUCCUCGUUUGGAUCGGCUUCCGAGUUCCAUUCUGAUGGUAAGACCGGCAAAAGUUCUUCUGGUAGAGGAAGCGAACCAGGUGGUAGUUGUAGCUCUUCCUCUCUGUCGCAUAAGCAAAAGCGGCCACUCGUCACAUCAGCAAUCAUUCACACGGAGGAGCUUUUGCCGCUUCUGGAAGCCUUUCACGAGCGCGCGGAAGACAACUCGGAGGAGCUAUUACAGUGAAAAGUGCCCCCCACCCCUGAAAUUGCAAAAAUUUGUGAUGCGAAGUUUCCAAAUGAAAACUUUUUGUCAUGCAUGAAAGGAGUAUGAAUCUUUCUGAUGCAGAGUCUAGGCAUAUAUAGCAUCGCUUGCAUGACAAGAGCCGCUCUUCCUAGUUUCCCAACAUGACAAGAGCCGCUCUUCCUAGGGGCUUUUGCAAUACAAACCUUUGCUAUUCACGAUUGAAAACCUGUGAUGCUGAUAGAUCCAAGAGGGCGAAUGUUUCAUUUGGAAAGGUUUGCAAUACAAGUGCUCCCAAGUUCGGGGGUGGGGACAUUUUUCAUUGUAAUAAGAGCUGUGCGGAGGGUCGUGGCAAGAUUACUUCGCGACUUACGGGAGCGAGGUACUUACUUCAUAUUGUGGUGGACUUCUUCUUCAUUUUCUAUGACAAAAAUUUCCUCAUGUCAACCGGGACAAGUGUUGUUUCUGAACAAUGGAUGGUCCUCACUCCUGCUGCUUUGAUGCCAUUCCAGAUCAUUCCUGCUCAUUGUUCCUGCGAUAUGGACACUGCAACGAACUUUGUAUAUACUUUUUUACCUUUUUUGUACACUCAGGUCGCCAUUCCCGGGUCGCCCGCGAAUGCGGUGUUUGCGCAAAACCAGAAGCUUGCCCAGGUGCGUAUGACCCGCUCAAACGUUACAAUCUCAAACGUUACAAUAAAAUCUGGAAUUUGUCUUGCAUGAUGAGCAUGACAGAAUCGCAGAGCACUCCACUUUCUGCAAUACAAAUUUCGCCAGAUUCUAGCGCGGUUUGGGGCUCCGAAACUUGUCAUGCGCAAUCCUCCUGUGAGACUAAGUUAGCUCCUGCACUUCUUGCAUCACAGAUUUCCAUAUUCUACUGUAACGUUUGAGAUUGUAACGGUUGAGCAAGUUAUAGUGCGGAAGGCCCGGUUUGAUUUUCGGGGCAAACGCGUCAGCAUGAUUAACAACGCGCUGCUAGGCGGUACUGGUAGUAUCGGAGCAAACCUACUACACUCCGGUAGCUCAGACAACCACGCAUCUGCAAGCAGGUCGACUGACAAUGCGCCGGUGUCCAAGCAGAAUGGGCUAGCGCGGCAGAGUAUGAACUGCAAAUAUGUCUGGGUCUGGAAGAUUCUAGACUUGUAAUGCUGUCUCUGGAUUCUAGAAAAAUUUGUAUUGCAUGACCAGCAAGAGGACUCCAGUUUGUGCUACGCGGAAAGGGCAUCUCUCAUGCGGUAGAGGCGUCACAAAGUCCUCUAAAAAUCUGUGAUGCUAGGGCAUGCAUCACAGACAUCAUGGAUCAUUCAAAAUAUGCAUGACAAACCUGGCUUUCUUCCAGACCCAGACAUUUUUGCAGUUGAUACAGAGUUUGGUGACCAAUGCGUUGGUGAAUUUCAACCGGGGCAGGGGAGGCGGCCCGGGUAUUGAGAGGAAAGAUCCCCCCUCCCCAUACCGAAGCAGUGUGCUUCCGAAAAUUUGUCUUGCUGAUUUGAGACCACAAAUCACGUCUGUCUUGCAAGAAGACAACUCCACAGGCUCUGCCGCAUUACGCAGGCGAUUUGUGAUGCUGUUGGGCCUACAGCAUAGACGUUUCCCAUGCUAAGCGCCUAGGCCAAAACCUCUCCGCUCAGGCUUGGCAGGGGCCUGCAGUCCGCUACUGCAAGACAGAUCUGAGCUGUGUACGCACGUCCAGCAUCAGAAAUUUCCUCCUGAUAUGGGGAGGGGGGGGCUUUUCCUUUUGAUAUCAGGGGGCCAUAAUUCAUCUGGUUACAGCGAGGAAGACUGGACGCAGGCAGGCGGCAGAACCGGCGCGUCGGGACAAGAUCAGGAUUUGAACAGCAUGCUGCGGCUGCACAACAUGCUGAAAAAACAGGAGGAAGAGAUGGAAGUAUCCUGUGCAAAAGCAUCGUACUCGUAUUGCAAUCAUGCAUUGCAAAUCUUCUUGUUAUAGGUAAAUCCGCAUUACAAAUUUUAUUUCUCAUGCUGAGAAAAUUUGCAAUGCAUUUAUACGAGUGCGAUACUUUUGCAGUUCAUAGGAUGAGGAGCGGAAUUAUUUCCUAAAACAGCUGAAGGUCGAAACCGCCAGCUUGCAGGACUUGAAAACGCUAUCCUGAGAAAAAAACUGUAUCACUGUGAACCUAUGAUGCAGAAAAUGAAACACAAAACUAUUUGUCUUGCUACACACGGAAGGCAUUGGAUUUUCCAGCGUGGUUUCCCUUCGGGAGUGCGCAUAGUUGUGUUGCUGGUCCUGUGCCAGUCGCGGGGCAUGUUCGGGUGUUCCGGGCCGUGCAUUGUGCACCCCUCGGACCCCGCACCCCCCCGGGCUUUAGUCGCGCAGUCUGUUAAGCAUGACAAAUUUUCACUGCCAUGUGUAAAAAACCUGUGAUGCAGAUCUUGCAAAAUCAUCACAGUUAAACAGUUUUUUCGUGGGAUAAACGCUCUUGAAAAAGUACUACACAACAACUACGAGAAGUACUUCUUCUAGUACUUCUAGCACAACGGCAGGAUCUUCAGGCUCUACUUCAUCCCUGGGAAAGAAUUAUGGUCCUCAACAAUUCGGUGCCUCGCCGAACAAAGCGCAUUCCGGCUCAACUGCUUCUUUUCACCCAUCCGGAGGGAGCAAUGGCGCCAAUAGUACUUCUUCUUCCUCUGCAAAAACGUCGGGGGCAGGGGCGGGCGGAGGUCCUGCGUCUUUUGGGCGGCGCAUCACACUGCGAACGGUAGCAGAAUUGCUGGUGAUGUUUGGCGUUUUAUGCAACAGAAAAACUACCCGGCGCGGACCAUUUUGUUCACGCAAGUUUUACAUGAUUGGAGCUUACUUUUUAUAUUCGAGCAUGACAAGGUUUCGUUGCAGUGCACAGAAAUUCAAGUUUAAGCAGGGAGUAAAUCACAUAAGGCCGCUAAGAAGCUUGACUGUGAUGCAUCUUUAUUUUCCACACUGUCUGAAUUGAAUCUUUGUAAUUGCAAAAUCAGUGCGCAAAAGCGAUUGGUGCGUUCCGGUGCUUUUUCCCUUGCAUUCGCUUUGCCAAAUGCGCUUCAUGAGAUUCGCGCUUUGGAGGAGCUGGCGCGACUCGUGGCUGCUGACGCUUGUAGUAAGAAUCGCGACAGCUCCUGCACCAGUUCCAAAAAUAAUCUUCCACAAGAACAUUUCAGCAGUACAAUGCUCACGACCGACCGGAAUAAAGCAGGAGAUGAAAAUUACGGCACGAGCAGGUCUUCUUACAAGAGCCAGCAAAGUAGGUGGAGCAACUACAAAACCGGUACAAGACCCAACAAGCAAAAUUAUAAUGGUCACCACCACCUCCAAGACCAGCAACAACUUUUCACGUUCGAUCAGUUUAUGACCUUGAUUGCCCUUAUCAACUGCAAAAAUGUCUGGGUCUGGAAGAUUGCCAGGUUUGUCAUGCAUAUUUUGAAUGACCCAGCAUGAUGUCUGUGAUGCAUGCCCUAGCGUCACAGAUUUCUAGAACAAUUCGCGAUGCCUCUACCGCAUGAGAAAUGCCCCCUCCGCGUAGCACAAACUGGAGUCCUCUUGCUGGUCACGCAAUACAAAUUUUUUUAGAAUCCAGAGACAGCAUGACAAGUUUAGAAUCUUCCAGACCCAGACAUAUUUGCAAUCCAUAGCCCUGAUCCGCAAGUGGAAACGGUCGCAGCGGGAAAUGUAUCAACUGUAAAAAUGUCUGGGUCUGGAAGAUUCCGGGAUUUGUGAUGCAUAUUUUGUAUGAUCCAUGAUUCAUGUAAUGCAUGAUCUAGCAUCACAGAUUUUUAGAGUGCUUCCUGAUGCCUAUUCCGCAUGACAAAUGCCCUCUCCGCGUAGGGGGGACUCUGAUGCCCUCUCCGCUUCCUGAUGCUCGGGGGGACUCUGAUGUUUCUCCCGGGCGUAGAAAUUGUAGCAGAAUUUUUGGAAGAAGUUUUUGACGAAGAAGGGAGAACAAACAGAGAAAGACUGCAGAAAGCAGAGGCUAAGCUGCGCACGAGAAUAGCAAGGCUAUACAAGGGAGGGGACAUAGACACAAGCUUUCGGGACUACGACCACCGGACGGAGGUGGACGAAAUAUACCAAAAGGAGGCCGGACCACCAGUAACGGGAUAUAGGAGAGGAGAAAAAGUCACAACAGGGCAAGGGAAAGAGAAGAAGGGCGAAAAAGCAAGAAAGACGGAAUUUCGAUACUACAUGGGAAACCUCCCGCAUGACAACAAGAGAAAAUGGACCCUAGCGGUUCAAUAUGUGGACGACGGGACCAUUGUCCUGAAGUUUUUUGUAGAAGAUAUAGAAGUGGUAGCGGCAGCAUUGAAAGCAGCAAGCUGGGCGUACCAAAAAAUAUAUGAAACAGAAGGACAAUUUCUGGCGCCCCUGAAGUGUGAAUUUGCCACGUCGCUGAAAGACCCUGCGAAAAUCAGCAUUCUGCGGCAGGCUUUCCAGCCUUUUGGAAUAAUGUUCGAAGAGAAGGACUUCCUGAAGAUCUUAGGAAUAAGGAUAGUGCCAACGAACAAGGAGGGACAGCGCAAGGCUCUCAGGAGCCAAGUUCAGCAAAGCAUAGGAAUAGGGCAGCAUCUGGCUUACCAGGUAAUGUCAAGACGGAAAAAGCUAGAGGGGGAGGAGCUGGUGUGGAUAAUCCAAGUGUUCUUUGUGUCGUCGAUGAUAUACUUUCUACCGGUGAUGCAGCUCUAUUUCGACAUGCAGGACUGGGCGACAAUGCUAGGAGAAAUAUCGCUAACAAUAGCAGAGACGAUAGGGAUGACAGAGGAAACGGUGGAAGAACUGAUGAGAAAGACGAACACAAAUGCAGAAACAUUCUACCGCGUAGUUUUCGGGGCGAAAAUGCUAGGAAUUACAGACCCUAUCACGCUGGGGCUGAAAACACUAAGAGCAACAGCCCAAGCAAACUACUUGACAGACCCGGGGGGUUUCAUCCAAAUGGCAACAAUGCCACUCAAAGUAGUGGGGGAGUCGAAGGCAGGAAUAGCAAGAGCUGUGGAAAGAAAAAUAAUGAAGAGAAAAGAAGCUGACAUAGCACUACUGCAAGCACUCAGAGACGGAGCAUCGGUGAGGUUGUCUGCGGGGAGCGACCUGCGGGGGGUAGGAAUAGUAGGAAAAACUAACAAAGCAAAACCGCAGAUGGUACAAAGCCAACACGUGUACAGAUGCGACAGGAGUCUGCUUGCGGACAAAAUAAGAACAGGGGGGAAAGGCAAGAAAGGACAGAGUGACUACAUGACGAAAAUAUGGGUAAAACACACGAAAAAAGAAGAAGCUACGAUGGUAACAGUAGAGGAAUGGAAGGGGAAAGAAGAACACAUGGCAACAAUUGAAACGAGGCAGGACCACCUAAAGACAGAAGUUAGGACAGAAGAGCGAAAAUUCGUAGCGUAUUGCAAUAACGCCAUAAGAGCAAUAGAGAUGGUGAAGAAACAGCAACACGAAGGGAGUGGAGGAGUGUGCGUGUGCUUGCUGGAUUACGACGAGAUGAAAGAGAAAACACGGGGGCUUCUGCGGAAAGAGCAAGGGAUAGCGUUAGAGCUGCAGGAGGAAAUAGAAAAAGCAGAAAAACAGAUUCCGGGCUUAACAAUAGUCAGACGCUGGGGAAAGCAGAACGCGCCAAAAACCCUCGAAAAAAGAGAAACACAAGGGGGCUAUACAGAAGCGAUACCCUUAAAGGUAGCAAACGUGUCGAAGCAUGAUGAUGAAUAUGCUGAAUGGGUUCAGUACGAUUUCGGCGAAAAAAAUGUACCGACAAAACCGAUCUGGGAAUGGCCGGAAAUGUCAAAAAUAGAAAGACAAGUGUAUACCUACCGGAAGAUUAUAGGAGACGAAAAGAAAGACGGGAAGAAAGCGGAGGAGGGAGGCGGUGACGGCGAGGACGACAGAAGGAAAGACAGCACAGGAGAGAGGAAGGGGAAGGAGGCAAGUAGCAGCGCGAAGGAGAAAGCUCGCUGCGGAAAAGACCCCAAAGGGAACACUGCGACGACAGACACGAGCAGGGAGAUAGUCAGCGGGUCAUUAGCAGAAACUAUCAGAAAAAUGGUAGAAGGAGAAAAGAUAAGAGCACAGAAAGAAGGAAACGAAAUGCUGCAGAGGGCGCUGGACAUAAUAGGAAGAGCCACAGACCUACUAGAAACAGCCGAAGACGUUCCAUUAGAAUCUCGCGCGACGUCGAGCAGCAGCAACAGGAGGGACAUGCCGGAAAUAACAGAAGAGCGAAAGGAAUCAAAAGAAGAAGAAGAGAACGAAAUAGAAGAAGAUGUGUAUUUCUCCCCGGCGCAGGAGUACCAGGGAAGCCGCUCAGGAUACGUGUACAAACUCGGGCGCUUUGGCAUGGGGUAUUAUAAGGAUCAAGGACCGGAGGAGGCAACGCGGGAGAUGUUCCAAAAAAUUACGAUAGGGGGGCCUGGAGGAAAACUGCCUAAGAGGGAAAUCUCGAAAGAACAGAAAACAGCGAAAAAAGAAGUCACAGGGGAUGCGACGCGACAAGAGAAGAACACGCAGCAAGUGCGCAAAGUGGCAGAGGAGGAGGAGGAAAUAGAAAUGACAUCACGAGAAGCAGAAGAACCAGGCGGAGAGGGGAGAUCAGGAAGUCUGAGAAAGAAAACCGCCAAAGACAUAAGCGAAACAGUGAGGGAGAAAGAAGAUGAAAAGGAAGAGGAAAGAUUUCCAACAUUGGAGGAGCUGAACGAGAGGGACCGGAAGCGGGACCGCGAAGAGGCAGCAGAACGGGAGGAGGAGCGCAAACGGCAGGAAGAAAGGAGAUCUAUGAAAAGACCGAAGUAUGAUAAUGCAUUACAGGAAGAGUUAGCCCAAAUGUUUAGGAACACGCACUGAAAAACGAUGACGAAAGAGAUGUUGAAAAUAAUGAAAAGAAAGAAAGAGAACGGAACAGAAGGGCGAAAAUGGGGGAGUAGUGUUCUGGGUGUCGGCGGAGGGAAGAGGAAGCAGAGGAAAGAAAAAGAAAGAAAAAAUGGCUCCCUCGGUCGUCUCAGCUAGCCUGCAAGGGCUCCGUUUCCGCCAGCUGAAAGGCACGGCGCUGCUAAUCAUCUCGUCCUCGCCAGCCAAUAGGCACGGCGCUGCUAUCCCGUCGUCGUCAACGCGUCCCUUUUACUAGUAGGUGGGAACAGGGUUGCUAAUUUAAAGACUGCGCUAAGGCAGCACCCCCCUUCCCCAAGGGGUCCCCCCGGGGCGGGCGCGGUGGCGGCUCUGCUAACGCGGAGCUUCAAAGUCCGACUCUACCUAUGCGCAUAAAAAGGGUGCGCGGAUGCAGGUCGGUAAAGUGCUUGAAAGGGGUAUGCUUUGGGGUUGCCCGUCAUCGUGAUAGGGUCAACGUGUGUGACCAAUAGACCCCCUGUAUACCUAGCGCGCAACCGACCACAGAAGCUGUAGCGUUAAAUGUUUGUAAGAAUAACCCAACAAGGCAACACUGGAGCUCCACCUUGCUCGAGGGCUUGGAUGGUAAAUCAGGUCAGCCACAUCUAGCGCCCACUGGCCGUACUCAUGCGUAAGCAAUCGCAAGCGGUUCGGCGGAUGCGGUCGGGUGGUACCUGUAGGACGUGGAACGGGUGUCCACCUAGGGGUAUUGGCAGAGGCUAAAUCUGUUCUAACGCCACGGUAUUGGCAGAGGCUAAAUCUGUUCUAACGCCACCCUGACAGGAGUCAAAUGUCAAAACAACAACAACAACGCGUAACACAAACUGGCCCCCUGUUGCUGGUCACGCAAUACAGAUUUUUUUGGGAUCCAAAGACAGCAUGACAAGUUGCAAUUUUCCAGACCCAGACAUUUUUACAAUCCAUAAAAUGAGGUUCUACCUCGCUUUUGCGAACAACGAACUCGAUUUUUUCUUCCAAAAGUCCGUGCCAAGAGUGCUGGAUCGGAUCUUCUCGGUGGUGCCCAAGUCACGGAAUGAGCAGCAAACCUUGAUUCUCGUUCUGAACCAAGAGUGGCCGGUAUGCAUUGCAAAUAUAAUGUCUGUGUUUAGAAAGAUGCAAGCCUACUUCUCAUGCUGGUUUUGCAUGACCUACCCAUGAGGUGUGGAAUGCGAGGCCUGGCAUAACAGAUUCUGUUGGAUGUUGAUCUCUAUCAUGCCUGUCCCGCAUGAGCAACUUCCUUUCAAAUUGGCCUAAAAUGGGCAACUUGUGGGAAUGAAGCAACACAGAAUCUUUACAUGAUUCAGAUUUGGCAUGACAAGUUAUCGCUUUCUUGCAGACACAGACACAAUAUUUGCAAUGCAUAGCCGGAAUCGGAGGUGGCGGUGUGCAAGCGAGACUUUUUGAAUGUUUGCCACCUGGUGGCGGAGCGGAUGGAAUCGGUGCGCGUGCGUACUUAUCCUGUGCAAAAGUAUCGUACUCGUACUAAUCGCAUUCAUGCAUUACAAAUUUCUCUUUCAGGUUAAAUCCGCAUUACAAAUUUUCUUUCUCAUGCUGAGGAAAUGCGAUUUCUACUAGUACGAUGCUUUUGCGUUUCAUAGUACUGAGAUGGAAAAGUAUUGCAGUAUGGGAGGUUUAUUUUUCUCGCCUUCCGGAAGAGGACCACUUGCAGGGCGCGCUGCACAACAACACACUGGAACUACAUCUCCCACCUCCGUAGCAAAUCUUCACUCGGGCAAAAUGUUAGCCAGUUCCAUUACGAAUAAACAUACUGCCGGAAUUUAUUCAGGACUACCACAACUUUCCACCUCAACCUCCGCCUCUUCAGGAGCGCCGGCGAGUAGUAGUAAUCCCGUAUUAGCGGCGAGAAGGGACUUUCUGCAGGCCCGGUCGGCGUUUAUUCACCAGCUGAUUACCCUCAACAGGUACGAAAAUUCUUACACUGGUUCUUUCGCCCUACUUCAUCCUGGGGGAGUGGUCUCCGACCUGGAACCUUGGCCCGAUCUACACGGCCAUCAGGGUCGUGGGGCAGGAGAUCACCACUUCUCCUCUUACCACCACCAUCACCACCACCACCACCAUCAUACCCCUUUUAACUACAAAACGGCUUCAGCAAAUUGUAGUGAAGUACUGCUUUCCGCGAACGAAGUGGAGACCACAAUGGAGCUAGCGGGAGUCGUGUAUGCACUAUGAGCAUUUCUUCGCUCUGGGUAGUCUAUUGGAAAAAUAUCAAUAUUCGAUAGAAGUGCAGCACACUUGUUAUGAUGCAGUCAGUCUGUCACCCACAGCAGCUUCUAAGCAGAAGACGCUGGCGGUGCCUACGUUGCACUAGUGCAACUGCAGCAGCAGCAGCUCGUCUUACAUGGCAGGUUCGGGCGCUGCAAUAAGAUUGAGAAGUCUGGUGCAACAUCAAAAUAAAGUAAAGUACUUCACCCAAUUAGAUACUGUACUGACAUGUUGUCAAUCUAGCCAGGACACUGUGCUGCAUUUUUCCAAACCUUCUGGUGGAGGUGGAAUUACACGAAAAGCUGUAGAACUUUGCACUCUGUCUAGUCAUGACGACCCAGACCGAUAUUUGCACAGCAUUUCGGCGUGUCACAAAACAUUGGAACUGAUGGUAGUGGAGCGGAGAAAAUAAAAAACCGGCCGCGCAUUUCCGCCAUGGCAGCUGCUGGGGGAGUUGCAAAUAGACCUGGUUGCAGAGUAAAAGACGCGACUGCUACCGGUGGCAAUGAUAGUUCGCAAUUUUAUUUCCGAUCAGAUGAAGAUAUCCCUUUUGAAAUGAACUUGUACCGUUUUCUCGACCUCGUUUCCCAAAAAUUGUAAAAUUUUUUGCUGAAGAUAAUCAAUGAUGAUGAGCUACUUACUUGAAGACCAAAGCCUGAGUUCGUUUCUGUCCUUUUUCAAAGCUACUUACACUGCUAUAUCUAGAGCUGCAAGAGUACAAAGAGAAGCUGAAGGGAGAGCUGGACACAAAGUAGAAGUACUUUGGGACGCAAUGCACAUCCUAGUUUCAUUUUAGUAUUUAGGUUAACUUUCAUAUCUGUUUGUUUCACCAUGGAGAUCGAAAUGGAAUGGAAAAUAGAAUUGCGGUAAUGCAUCAAUCGAGUAGAAGUAGGACCACUACCGCAUGUGGCUCUUGAAUGCCCCCAUGGUUAUUGGCCAUCGCGACUUGAAGUGUGACUGCUCUGUCGCUUUUGCCAGGAUGCUCCAUCUGAUUUCUGUAUGAUUUUUCGUUAUUUUCGUUACAGCACAAGUUCAAGUUCUGAUGCCUUAUUUCGAUUGCUUUCAUUGUAGUGAGUAAGUUCUUCAAUUUGCUUUCUGACUGAAUUUGAGUGAGUAUAAAGCGACUGGUAUCAAAUCAAAUCAGUGCACAAGAAUGAAAAUCAGCCUCAGGCUAAUCUGCCAUUUUUUUCGUUAUCUCUGCGGAGAUUUC